AUGCAAAAGCAAAAAGAUGAUGCUAUGUACAAGAAAUUCUUAGAUAUUUUGAGCCAAGUGCGUGUGAAUUUGCCUUUGGUGGAAAUUUUGCAGGAAGUGCCUAAGUAUGCAAGGUAUCUUAGAGAUAUUGUGGCAAACAAGCGAAGACAUACGGAGUUUAAAACAGUUGCACUUACUGAAGAGUGUAGUGCUAGAGUUCAAAGUAAACUCCCUCCUACGUUGAAAGAUCCUGGGUGUUUCACAAUUCCUCUGUCUCUUGGAAAACAAGAGCUGUUAGCUGAUAGGUCACUAGUUAUGCCAGAAGGAAUUAUUGAGGAUGUGUUAGUUCGAAUGGGAAAGUUUGUUCUUCCUGCUGAUUUUAUUGUUCUUGAUUACGAGGCGGAUGAGGAAGUACCCAUUAUUUUGGGGCGACCAUUCUUAGCUACUGGUGGAGCGUUUAUUGAUGUUAGGGAAGGGAAGUUGAAGAUGAGAGUUGGCGAUGAGGAAAUCACUUUUAAUAUGUACAAGGCACUUAAGCUCCCUAAGGAUUAUGAGGACUUGUGCAUGAUUACUGCGGUAGAACUGAAGGGGAUAGAACAGAGUCCUGAUGUGAAUUAUAGUGAUUCGGAUGGGACAACUGAGUUGGAGGAGGUGGUGUUGCAAGCUGAGUGUGUAAGGACGAUUGAGAAAAGAGCCAGAGAUGAAAGAGGAGAUCUUCUGAGAUAG